AUAACUAUUGGGCCGUGACACAGGGCGGGCAUUCAAGAUCCCCGUUCAAAAAUCAUAGUGUGGCGCAAUUUUCGCUUGCUUGAUUUUGUAUGAAAUCAUGGGCGCAGCGAAAUUAUGAGAUUUUUCUCAAAUUUUCUUGCGAAAUUCCCGAAUUAUUAGAGAAGAAAGAGGAUAAUACGUGGUCAUAAUGACCACUCAGUGCGUACAGGUGAAGCUAGAGUUGGGCCAUCGGGCCACAAUCAGGCCCAAACCAACGGCAGAUGGAUUCACCCACGACUGGACAAUGUUUGUCCGAGGUCCAGAAGGAAGCUGCAUAGAGCACUUCGUUGACAGAGUCGUGUUCCAACUCCAUGAGAGCUUUCCAAAGCCUAAGAGAGUUGUGAAAGACCCGCCUUUUGAAGUUUCUCAGUCAGGCUACGCAGGAUUUGAAAUGGCCAUCGAUGUUUACUUCAGGAACAAGGAGGAACCUAAGAAAGUUCGCUUUCUCUAUGAUCUCUUCCUUCACGUUGGUGGUCAGCCGCCGGUCAAUCAUAUCCGAUGUGAAAAACUGACCUUCAGGAAUCCCACAGAAGACUUCAGACGCAAGCUGCUCAAAGCAGGAGGGGUUGGAGUUAUGCCAGUGGACCUCGAUAUUCCGACCAUCUCCACGAAGCUGAAUGCUACAGGGGGUAAGCCGAGCGCCCCUGCAGCCACACCCGCUACCGACCCUUCAGCUUUCACAAAAGGGAAACCCCAGUCGGCUGCUGCUGCUGCAUCUGCGACUCACCAGGGCUCUAAGAAACCUAAGAGCAUGUCAUCGUCCACCUCCUCAUCCACCCCUUCGUCAGGGUCAACGAUACCGAGCAAGGAGAGUGGGAAAGCAAGUACACCAAAGACCAAGGAGCUCAAGGAACCUAGUAAGCCCAAAAGUAGUACAAAAGAGAGCAAAACCACCACAAAGGAGACCAAGACCUCAACAAAAGAACCGAAAUCUUCAACUAAAGACCCCAAGUCUUCAACAAAAGAGCCCAAGUCGGUCCCAAAGGAGCACAAAGCAAGUCCUCGAGAGCCAAAGCCAAGUCCGAAGGAGCCCAAACCCAGUACCAAGGAAUCUAAACCCAGUCAGAAAGUGAGUUCGAAAGAUAUUAAGUCCACUAGCGAGAGCAAGCCACCUGCCAAGGAGAGCAAAGACUCUAAACCAAGCGGAAAGGCUAAAGAAAGCAGCAAGCAAACUGCCAAAAGGUCUGUCACGGAGUCCUCCCCUAUGGCCUCCACUCCUGCCAAGAAAAGGAAACAGAGUACUUCAACUAAGGAGGACAAGGGCAAAGACGAAACAUCUCGUGAUGCAAAGACUGCAAAGAUAAAAUCGGAAAAGACUCCAUCAAGUGAAAAAGAGAAAUCAACUAUAUCAGAAAAAGGAAGUAAAAGUAAGGAAAAGACUAGCAAAGUGAAAAAGAGUACCAACAGCUCCAGCAGUAGUAAGACGACACCUGCUCCAGAUCAGGGGCUGUUUACACCAGAGAUCACUAAAUCAAAGACAAAGUCCAAAGCAAAGCAGACAAAGGAACCGAAGAAAGAACCAAAAGAACUGCCUCCUUUUGAUGCUGAGCUAAGUACGGAGGAGGUGGAGAAUGAUGCUCCCAGUCCAAGUUCCAGUAUCAGUUUCUCAUCGCUGCCGGGGCGGGGUGGUGGUACAGGCACCCUCGGGAUGCUCAUGCAGGACUUGGAAUACGAAGAUAAUGACGAUGAUGAUGAUCAUGAUAUGGAGAGACCAUUCCAGAACAGCGCUCCACCCCCUGGCAGGCAUCGCUCCAUGUCUAGAGACAGCAACCUGAGUAGUAACAGUCGACACAGCUCACCCUCACCUGAAAUCGAAAAGCCAAAGCCUGUUACAAAGUCAAGUUACGGCUCGAACAAAAAAUCUGGCGCAACGGGCAAGAAAGGCUCCAAAGUUGAAAAGAAACCUAAGAAUGUUGAAAGUAAACAGAAAUCAUCCCAAAACAGCAACAUCGACUAUUUGUAUGAGCUCGUUGACCUGCACAAAAGACUCAUGAAACUCACGGACAGAGACAAAUUGCAACAGGUCGUUGACCUCAUUGGAGAGACUGGGUCAUUCAAGGUCACAGACACGACCUUUGACUUUGACCUUUGUUCCCUGGACAAAAGUACAGUGAGAAGGCUGCAGGAGUAUGUUCCGACAUUGUAACCAUCAUGUAAUCGGUUUUUGACCAAGAGGGCAUAACCACCUCAACCUCUGUUUGUCCGUAAAGAGUCGGAUCAUUGUCUCAUAAUGUAUCCUCUCAUUUUGUAAAGUUGUUGAAGUUCUUUCGAUUCUUCACAGACGAUAUGUUAUUUCUUGCUCGGAAACAGAAGCUGCAGAAUUGUAAGUCUUUGUCUUGUCUGGAUUUUUUUUGCUGUAUAACAUAGCUACGUUUGUCCGCAAUUUUUAUAACGUGAAAUUCUAAGGUGUAUUUUGUAAAUAUUUGUACAUGAAUUGGAACCGUUUUGAAUUUACUUGUAAAUAUGAAGCGGCCAGAAGCUGACACAUAUUAUUUGCGUGCUACUGCCAAGUACGGCUCGUGUUGCUAGAGAGUGCUGAGAGACAGUUCAACUGUUGCUGUAUUUAGUCUUGUUAAUGCGCUUAUUUAACUCUGAAGAAAGGAUAUUUAUUUUUGUAAUGUUUUGUUUGUGUUAUUUCUGCUUGAUGCACAUAUGCUCCAAACAUGAAAUAAACUACUCAGCCUGGUGAAAAUGUUUAAAAAUUAUGGUACUACUGUGAAAAACAAGUUGAUUACAAUUACAUCAGUUCCACGUAUAUGUACAUGUAAGUUACUACGGCACUGGCCACGGAAACGGGAUGGGGGGGGGGGCUGCUUUUUUUCCGAAUUUGUGUACAAAAAUGUAAAAAUGACCAUCUGAUUAUGAUUUUUUGCAUGGUCAGCCCCCCCCCCCUUUCCAAAACUGUUCCACGGCCCCUGUACAGGAACUAUGUUGCAGCUUUAACCGCGUGUAAGAUUGCUCAAUAGCUGGUUGAAAUUCGAUUGUUUAUUUAUAGAUAAAAUUGCAUUGACUUGCAAAGUAAUUGUGAUUUCUGUCCUUCAGUUUAACAAAGAAAUUUUGAAAUUUCAAGAAACCGAAUUGAACCUCCC